AAGGAGGGCGUCCGGACGCUCAACGCCAACUAAACGCGAGCGGGACGCAGACAUCAAUAACAUCUCACUCAUCAAUAAGACAUUUUGAUGGAGUUAGACUACUUAAUUACAUAGGUUGUCUUGAAGGUAUUAGUCUCUCUGAAUUUAUAAUAUUUAAUCUAAUGACCCCCAAUGGAGAACAUCUGAAGGACGACACUUCGGCAUCUCCGUCCACAGGAAAGCGGCUCGGUCAGACAGACAAUAGGAGACUUGGAGAGUUCUUAUCUUCCAGUGAUGGCUAUCAACACGGAUGCUGCCUUUGGGAAAAGCGCGCUUGGCGAGAGGGAAGUUUCCAACCCCACCGACUUCCAGGACACCGAGAAGCUGCUGAGCACCGCCACCACCGAGCCCACCGGGCAGAGCAACAUCAAACCGUCCGACUCCUUCUCCCUCAACAUCAGAGGGAGCGUCCGGUCCCUGGAUGCCGACCAGAACGGACACAGAUCACCGAUGAAGUCGGGCUCAAUCGGGCAGCUGCCGACCCCACCCAAAUCCUCGUCGCGUCUCAGCCUGGGCCCGCUGCCCUCCACGGGGCCGCCGGGGUGCGUCCCGCCGAGUUACCUCUGGCUCGCCGUGCUGUCCUGCUUCUGCCCCGCCGUGCCGCUCAACAUAUGCGCCUUGUGGUACGCGAAUGUGUCGAGGUCUGUUCUCCAUACAGGAGAUAUUGAAGGAGCAAAGAAGUAUGGGCGUUUGUCAAUGCUGCUCAGCUGUCUGGCGAUGCUGCUGGGUGUGGCUGUCAUUAUCUUCAUAGUGUUUACAAUAGAGUCUCAGUAGUGAACUGUGGGAUGGGAAGGAGUGUCAUUUCACUUCUCAAAUUUGCACGGAAGAGUGGUGGAGGAAUGUCGUUUUGAGGAUGAAAAAGCACAAAAGCUGAAGAGACUCUAGUGUACAACUUAUUGCUUUUUCUGCUAUGGACCAAAGAAAGAAGAAAGGAAAGAAGUUGCACGUCGUUUCUCUUUUCCCGGCAACACUCAUGUCCAAUAACCACACAAACUCAGGAACAAAGGAAGGAAAAUGAAGGCUGCACACAGUUGUAGUGCCGGAUCAUCAGACAGCACAUGCUGUCUGAUGAUCCCCCCCCCCCCCCCACACACACACACACAUCACAAAUGGCACUGUCAUUUGCUUAUUAUUAUUAUAAAAAGACAUAAUUAGAUAAGAGGAUUUCCUAAAGCCCCCCCCCCUCC